AUGGCGUCUGAGAAGUCCGCGAUGCAGACCAUGGCGCCGGCCGGCGACCAGUCCAUUUUCCGGCCGGAACCAGACUUUGCGCGAUAUAUCCCCGGAGGAUACUCACCAUCAAGAUGUAUAAAACUGCAGGGCAGGGCAAUAACAUAUGCCAUUUUUGGCUUUGCGGGAUGCGCCAUCACUUUCUUUGGGUAUGACACCGCUGUCAUGAGCCAGGUCAAUACCAACGAGGACUAUUUACACCGCAUGGGCGUGGCUUCCGGUAGUGAUCGAGAUGCAGCGGCUAUCGGAGGAUUGGUCAGCUUGUGGUUUGGUGGCUUUGCUAUCGGUGCGUUGAUUGUCGGAAACAUUGCCGAUUCGAUUGGCCGUUUAAAGACCAUUCAAUUGGGCUGUCUCUGGGGGAUGCUGGGGGCAGCUCUUCUAGCCUCGGCACAGAAUAUGACAUGGCUGGCAGUUGCACGAGUCAUCAGUGGAAUCGGAUGUGGCCAUUUGAAUACCACCGUCCCCGUGUGGACAUCGGAAAUAGCAGAUCACCAUCUACGAGGUGCGUUUGUGGCUGUUCAGUUUACGCUGGCGAUGGUUGGCUCUGCGAUUUUCUACUCCAUGAUAUUCACAAAAGACAAACUACACACCCGCCGCCGAGUCCUCCUCGGAUCUGGCGUCCAGGUCAUGCAGAAGCUAACCGGUAUCGAUUUCAUUUCCGUCUAUGCACCGAACAUGUUCGCCCUCUCUGGCUUUAAAGGUGACAAGCCCGCUCUGCUGGCCGGAGGGAAUUGGUUCGGCUAUAUUGCCAGCCUGGCACUUUCAAUCUACCUGGCUGAUCGGGUUGGUCGACGAAAGUUGAUGCUGAUUGGGUGUUCGCUCAUGGGCACUGUGCUGAUUGUGGGGGGCGUGUUGUCGCACGAGACAAUCUCACAUUCAGAUGGUAAUCCGUCAUUGGCGACUCAAUAUGGGUCUGGAGUUGCUGCUGUUUUAUACAUUUACACGUUCAUAUAUGGCAGCACAUGGCUGACGACUUGCUGGGUCUACCCAACCGAGGUCUUUCCGCUGGCCAGCCGCAGUAAAGGCGCAGCGCUGUCGACCUUCGCCUUCUCCAUUGCUGGUGGAACAAUCAACAUGAUCAUUCCGUACCUCAUUCAAGCCAUUAGCUUUUGGGUCUUCAUCCUCUUUGCCCUUAUCAAUCUGGCUAUGCUACUGCCAAUUUACCUGUUUUAUGUUGAAACUGCAAAUCGCCAUCUUGAACAGCUGGAUAUAUUGUUCUCAAGUGAUAGCUGCUUGGCAUGGAGAGCAGAGAAACACUUUGCUCAGAUGAUGAAUGAGCAAGGUGGUAUUCUGGGCGAGGACCAAGAGAAGGCCACAGUUCUGCAGGUGGAGUAA